UCAGUUCAAGCAAAGGAAAAGAGAUGGCAGCUGCUUCUUACACUCUCUUGUUUCUCCUCUUCCUCACUUUCUCCGGACUCGUCCUUUCUGAGACUUGUGUAUAUUCAAUAUCAAUAAAGACCGGAUCAAAAAGAGCGGCCGGAACGAAUGCUAAGGUAAGCCUAAAACUAUCGAACAUGCAAGAUUCCGCUAUCAACAUUCAAAACCUUGAGAAAUAUGGAAUAAUGGAGUCCGGCCAUGACUACUUCGAAAACAAUCAAUUGGACUUUUUCAAUUAUGCAGGACGAUGCCUUACCAUUCCAGUCUGUUAUAUCAAAUUGAGCCAUGAUAACGGUGGUUAUAAGCCUGGCUGGUACGUUAACUAUGUCGAAAUCAAAACUGCCGGCGGAGCGAUAACACCUACAAUAAAACGCUUUGAUGUCAAUCAAUGGCUCGCUGAUGACGAGCCACCUUAUCGGACAUUUACUAGUAGAGAUUUAUGUGUUGGUAAAAAAAAAACUAGUGGAGGGAUUGAGUCUGUUGUUAAAGAUGCCAUAUGAGUUUCCUUUCUAUAUUUAUGCUUAUGCUGUUUACGUCUUAUUGAAUAAAUUGUAACAAAUGCACCUAGUGAUGUUUUUGUAAAAAAAUUCCAGUCAAAAAAUUUGGAACUUGUUUUA